GGUCAAUCAGUAGAAAACCCGAUAACCUAGUAAAAUGUUUUUAUAACCAAUCAAGGCUGUGGAUUUUUUUUGGACACUCUCGCUUCAGUAGUGUGGUGAAAUUUUCCUAAACACGUGCCCGCCUCCUCGAUUAGUAAUCAUUAAGAGCUAAACAUUUCGGCGGUCUCCACUGAAUGGCUACGUUAGUGCUGUGUUUGUUACUAGUGUUAUAUGCAAAUGGCGCCCUGUGCCAAAUGGACAGUUAUUUUCUUCCAAAAACUAUCAAGCCGAUACGGUAUAACUUAACGGUGGCCCCCGAUACGUAUAAUACGGAAGCGGGAUUAUUUUACGGCAAUGUUAAUAUAGACAUCGAAAUUUUGGAGAAUACCAGAAACGUUACGAUACACGUGAAAUCGCUAACUAUUUACACAGCUCUACUCACGAUUACCGAUAUGAAGCGAAGAAAACGAGUUGGAAUAGUCGGAACCUCUGAAGACACCGAAAGGGAGUUCUACAUAAUUUACUUGAACGAGGAGCUAGAAAAGGGGAAACGGUACAUGUUAACAUUCGGGAAAUACACCGGUACCUUGCACAAUGAUAUGGAGGGGCUGUUUUACGCAAAGUACAUUAAUGCCCAAAACGAAACAAAGUAUAUGGUUGUAACAGAAUUUGAACCGUCAGAUGCUCGUCGCACUUUUCCAUGCUUUGACGAACCCGCACUGAAAGCCACUUUCAUUCUCAACAUCAUCAGAGAAUCAACACUCAUGUCUGCGUCUAAUGAAGAAUUACACUAUACCACAUACUUGGGUCACGGGCUGUAUAGGGACACGUACAAGGAAACCGUGCCGAUGUCCACUUACCUUCUGGCGUUUGUCGUUUCAGAGUUUAGGUACUAUCAAAAACACCCCGGGAUACGAAUGAUAAUGAGACCUGACGCCAUUGCCGAAGGCAGCAUGAUCUACAUGCUAGACGAAUCGGUUAAGUUGCUCAAAGUAAUUGAGGCAUACACGGGAAUACCGUAUGUGUUAAAGAAACUGGACAUGUUAGGCGUUCCGGAAGAAUAUUUCUUAGACGGCGCAAUGGAAAAUUGGGGACUGGUCAUCUACAAUGAAAAAUACCUAGUCUGCACGGAUCGUUCACACACUAUGGACAUACAGAAAUGCGCCACAUUUAGCGCGCACGAAUUCGCUCACCAGUGGUUUGGAAAUCUGGUCAGUCCCAAAUCGUGGCAUUAUAUGUGGCUGAGUGAGGGAUUUGCCGCUUACUUUCAGUAUUUUGUAACUGCUUUGGCUGAACCGACAUGGAGACUCGAUGAGCAGUACGUAGUAGAGGAGUACCAGUCCAGUCUGCGGUCCGAUACCGCUCCACUAACCGAACCGAUCAAUUUCGUCUUUACGUCACCCGAAAUGUUCCCGUCCUCUCAAAUAUACUAUUACAAAGCUUCCGCAGUAAUACGAAUGACGGAACACUUUUUGACGAAUCGAAUUUUCGUGCAAAGUCUGAGAUCUUACUUGAACAAUCACAAAUUUGGGGCAACCGUACCAAGUGAUCUAUUCCGCGAGUAUCAACGGGCUAUUAAUAGGGCACGUAAAAGUCAUCUACUGGGAGGAUAUACAGUCAACCAGAUUUUAAACUCGUGGUAUACCAACGUUGGACAUCCACUAGUUACGGUUACCCGAAAUUAUCAUAGCGGCACCAUAGCGUUUACUCAGCAAACGUUUUAUAAAAAUGGAGAUACCGACGGAAAUCUAUGGUAUAUACCAAUAACUUACUAUCUGCACAAAAGUGGUCCACGUAGCUUUUCCGAUACCACCACCGACAUGUGGCUCGUCAAUGCUACCGGCACGAUCAACAACAGAUUCGAUGACGAUUGGAUUAUAGUAAACAAGCACGUAAUAGGGUACUACAGAGUAAAUUACGACUCAGAAAAUUGGAGAAGGGUAACCAAUUUUCUACGCACGCAGGAUUUAAAAAUAAUACCGCCGACAAACCGUGCCCAAUUGUUGGACGAUGCCAUCUACUUAGCUCAGUGUUCAAAACUCGAUUUUGAAGUCGCCCUGAACGUCACCACGUAUUUGUAUAGAGAAACUGACUAUAUACCAAUUAAAUCUUUUCUGACGAACAUCGAGGAUUUGGAUAGAAAUCUCGCAUCUAAACCGGAAUAUGACCUUUUUAAGACUUACAUCAAGUGGUUACUACGAAAAGCAUAUAAAAAAAUCGGCCUUCAAGAAAGUCCUCACGACGGCCAUGUUGAUCGUUUACUAAGAAGACUUUUAGCGGAGUGGAUGUGUAAAUUUGAAGACGAAUCUUGCCAACAAGUUGGAAUACAGCAUGUGAGAAGGUGGAGAUCUAGUGGUGUAUUGCAUUUAUCGCCCGAUUUGCAACAAUUUAUUUUGUGUGGAGGAAUACAAAUCGCAACGGAAGAUGAGUGGAAUUUUGUGCUUCAGCGGUACUAUCUUACCAAAGAUUCCAACUUGAAAACUCAAUUGAUACGAGGUUUGAGUUGUAUUGACAAAACAUCAAUGAUUAUCAACUUCUUGGACAUUAUUUUUACGUUUAAAAACGCGAUUACUCCUGAAGACAGGUCGAUAGCAGUUGGUAGCAUGAUGCAGUUUAGUGAUAAUGGAAUGGAUACAGCACUCAAGUAUUUCAUUGAGAAACGUUACCCAAAGUCGACGUAUAAGGCGAACUUUAAUGCUGUCAGUAUGGUAAUCGCUCUACCAAGUCGCUACCAGUACCAGAUUGACAUACUGAAACGUCAGCAGGGCUCUAUUAAUCUUCCGGUUUACUUUUACAACGACGAGGCCCUAACCGAUGACGAACUUUUCUUCGGGAUUCAAGUAGCGCAUUGGUUACAAAUUUAUAGCAAAGAUGUCAUUCAGAGUAGCCAUUUACACUAGGAACUUAUUAAUACAGUGUUAUAGGAAGAAAUUUUUGAAAAUUAUAAUUUAAAUUGAACCGCUGUUUCAACCCAACGCUCUUAAUAUAAAUGCGAAUAGA